AUGGAUAUUGUGAAACAUUUUUACGAAAAGAUUUAUGGUGAAGAUGCAAAUGAAUAUCUUAAUAAAAUCAGUGAUGAUGUCACAGAAAUGUACAAUAAAUAUGCAGAGAGCUCUAACAAUGGUAUUGCUACAUCAGAACCAGAACUGGUUCGCUAUUUGAAAGAUUCUAAAUGUCCUCCAAGUGAAGCAUUUAAUAUAUUAGAUUGGUGGCGUGUCGAAUCUCGAACUUAUCCAACACUGGCUAAAAUUGCACGUGAUGUCUUACUAAUACCUCUCACUUUACCUAUGGGUGAUUCAUUAUUACGUGGAUUUGAAGGCACUGUUUAUCGUAAUGAUCUUGAUGCUGACCUCCAACGAGCUUUGGGAUUUUACGCCGCUGUGUCCAGAGGAGAAGAAUUGUUUAUAAGAGCUGCGCACAUCUACCGACUUCAUCAGGUUCGCAAGGCAACUUACCAGACAUGGCGGGAGUCUUUUAAUAUGUAUCCCUGGCCUCUUGUUAAACGGGUUAAAAGAUGUUGGGAUAGACUUAAAAACUGGUUGACCAUUAACCUUCCAGAGGCAAAGGCUACACUUCGAAGGGGUGCAUCAGAAGCAGAUAUCCAAGAGUUAGAGAAAAUUUUGAAAGUGAAAUUGCCUGUCCCCACAAGGAUUCUGUAUCGCUUUUGUGAUGGUCAAGAAUGCUCAGCUAACGAUUUUGAUAGUCGAGUUAGUUUGGGUCUUAUUGGUGGCUACUGUUUUUAUGAACAUAUGGUUAAUGUGUACCUUUUGCCUUUAAGUCAAAUAAUCCUGGAGACACAGGAGAUUACAGGUGACAUAUCUUUUGACAGCAGAUCUAAGUAUAUCCUUGUGGCUGCUUCUUUGACGUCUAGUAUUAAGUUGUUCUUCCUCAACUGUACCAGUGGCCAACUCUAUGUUGGUACUAGGAAUCUUCUCCCAGAUGGAGAAAUGCUUCCAUGCGUUCCAAAUGAUCUGAUAAAUUUGCAGAAUGCUAGCAGUGAUCAGCAGCAGGACGCAAUGUUACUAUGGUUAGAAGAGCAUGCCCGGCGCUUAGAAAAUGGGAUUAUCAAAAUUCGUGAAGAAGAAGGUAUCCGAAGUAUUAACCUAUUUCCUGAGGAACCUCCCCUCUGUUCCACUGCUAUAACCAAUGGUGUGAAGGUUCGUGCCUCUUCUGUGCUUAUUCCGGAGGCGGCUGACCUUCGAGGUCAUUCUGAGAAGUACUUGUUUGCUUAUUCAAUCCGCAUGUCCCUCAUGCCUGAAGGAUGCAUCAUUGGUGGUAUGAAUUUCAGCUCCUGCCAGCUGCACCAGAGGCACUGGGUUAUUCGUGCUAAUGACGUUGUAGUAUCGGACAUUAGUGGAGAGGCUGUGAUCGGAAUGUUUCCACUCCUGCGUCCAGGGGAGAAAGAAUUUGUUUACGAGAGCUGCACACCUCUACCAACUUCAUCAGGUUCCGUCAAAGGUUCAUUUACAUUUGUUCCUGGCAGAUUGGCAGACCCAAAAGGUCGUCCAUUUGAAGCCGAGGUGGCAGAGUUCUCCCUCCGCUGCCCAGAUUACAUCUUCUGAGAACCAUGUACAUGGUUUUAUAUAUACAUAUGCUAAUAAAUAAGCAAAUACAAUUUUUGCAUUUGUGUAUUUGACUUGCUUAGCCUGGUGGCAAUCGGAAGGUAGCUCAGUACACAGAAACCUCGUGUGUAGCCUGUUUACAUGUAAACCCUCAUUUGGGUUACCAUGCCUUGAUUUCAGCUUGACUGGACUUUCGGAAACUGACUUCUGCCCUCACAUUCAAUGGAAUGAAGGUCCAGGACAAAUCGUUUACAUGGCGUGUAUGCAGCCCCCAGCCUUCGCUAUUGAUUGUGCAAAUGUGGCUGGGCUAGAAAUCACUGCCUGAGGAGUGCCUGCUCAGGAACCAUGUUGGUCUUUUCUACCUACUUUUCAGAAUUGCCAGAUUGAGUGUUGUGAAGUAUUAGUAAUGUGUUAUUGCAUAUUUUUGAGUUAAAAGCUCGUUGUGUUCAUGAAGUGAUUUGUUUAAUGUAAUUUUAGAAUCACUUUUAGUGCUUUUUGUUUGUGGAA